AUGCAGUUCUCCAAGAUCCUCAGCAUUUUCUCGCUCGCCGCCGCCACGUCGGCCAUCCGCGUGAGCUACGAUGAGGGCUACGACCGGGCUGGGCGUAGCCUGACGGAAGUUGCUUGCUCGGACGGCGUUAACGGUUUGAUCUGGAAGUACGGCUGGCAAACUCAGGGCGAGGUCCAGGGCUUCCCCUACAUCGGCGGCUCUGAUUCCAUCCCAGAGUGGAACAGCCCCAACUGCGGCUCGUGCUGGUCCGCGACCUUCAACGGCAAGACGAUCCAUAUUAUCGCUCUUGACCGCGCGGCGUCUGGCCUCAACAUUGGCCUCAAUGCCUUCAACGACUUGACGGGCGGCCACGGCACCGACCUGGGCCAGGUUGACGCCGUUGUCCGGCGGGAGGAGCUCAGCGUCUGUGGUCUGUAA